CGUCCUGGCACGGUCACAUCCAGUUCCAGCUGUGAAACUUUGAAAUCUCAAGUCGCAGGCUUACACUCAUUCAGUCGAACGCGCUCAGACGUGGCCGACGGUCAGCUCGCUUCUGGCGGAGCUUCUGGCAGCUGAACCAUCGGCACCUCGGGAGAUUCUUGAAUGGCGACACGAGAAGACCAGGAGACGCUCCGUAUCCUCGUACAGCAUGUAUCUCGAGGCUUCUACGAGCCCAAGUUCUCCAUCGUUUUGGACCAACUCGCCCGACAUCCGGUUUUGAAGGAUGAUGAUCUGGCAGGCCGCAUGGGGCUUCAGGCGAAGGAACUCAACAAACUCAUGGCCGUCCUGAAUAACGAUCAGCUAGUACAAGUGUACCGCCAGAACGAACUGAAGGAGGGCGCUCAGCGGUCAGUGGGAAGGCAAUACUACUUCAUUAACUACAAGCACUUUUGCGACGUUGUCAAAUGGCGGAUAGCGGAAAUGCGUCGGAUAAUAGACUCGGGGCUUCGUAAUGAACUCGACAACAAAGGUUAUAUAUGCCCCCAAUGCAACAAGUCUUACACGUCUCUGGAAGUUGACAAAUUGAUGGACUUCAUGCAAAACAAGCUGGUUUGCGAAGACUGUCAUGCCGAAGUAAUCGACAAUGAGAACGCGGAGAACGUGAAAGGCAGCAAAGACCGCAUGCAGCGAUUCAACAGACAGAUUCGCUUCAUAAUAGAAGGACUACGAAAGACGGAGUCCAUGAUUAUACCGUCGUUGGAUGUUCCGGCAUGGAUAAAGGCUAACGUCAUCGACCCAGAAAGGCUGAAGAAUGGUGGACCGGGUGGAGGACUCAAAAUUGCGGGAUCUUCGGGCAACACGGCCCGCGAUGAUGGUGUCGGAAUCAUGCUGUCAAUGGACAAGGACGAGUUGACGCGGCGACAAGAGCGAGAUGCCGAGGCCGCAGCGAAACGACAGCAGAACGCGCUACCAGCAUGGCAUCUCAAGAGUACGAUUACGGGUGACCUCACGGCGCUCGGCAUACAGGAAAACGAGCGAAACGAGGCUCACGGGAAUGGAGGACCUAUCACAACGCUGUCGAAUGAUGACAUGCUCAAGGGCCUCGGAGUUUCUGGGCCUUCGCGCCAAACACAAGUGACGACCGUCACCGAGGAUGUCAAACCUGUGAUCAACCAAGAAGCGGACUAUUAUGACCAGUACUACGCUUCCUUGGCGGCAUCGAAUGCGGCUUCUACGCAAGCAACUCCGUCAGGACCUGGCAGCGAUGAAGAAGAGGAACAGAAGCCCAAUAUACAGUACCUGGACUCACUGAACGAUUACCGAAAACGAUCUCGUUCGCGGGAGGACGAGGGGCCCUCUUCGCAGAAACACGCGAAGACAGAGCCUGCCGAUUCCAUCAUACCUGCGGAGAGCACAGACGAAGUCAUCGGCACUGCUGCGGAUGCCGCAGCAGACGAUCCUAUAGUUUAUGUCCAUGGCGUUGCAAAGCAGUUCAGCCAGGUAACGGAAGAGGACCAAGAACUAAUGACUCCAGAGGAGUAUACGACGUACUUCGAGGUUAUACAGGCACAGAGCUAGAAAUAACAUUCCGGGCCCGGUGCUUGGUUAUGUUGAUUACUCGUUUAGAACUAGUGCGCAUGACUUCCG